AUUUUACCAUAGGUCAGUAGUCACUUGGGAGAUAUUGUGUAAACAAGAGGCCCCAAAUGGCUCCCUCACCUCCAUGAAUAUUCAACAACAUUAUCUUCUUCACGCAGAUAAUCGGAAAUGCAGACCUCCUCCUCCUCCUCUUCAUCGCCUCCUGCACUAUGCGCCAUCGUUCCUGUAGAUUGCGUCUCAAAUCAGCUACCCUAUCCUUCCAACUUCACUUUACGCUUAUCCACAGGAGGGAGCAGAAAGCUCAAGGUUUCUAGGUUGCACGCCGGAUUUUGGGAAUCCAUUAGGUCCGGGUUAAUAAAGAACAACUCUACACAGGUUAUAGAGCCAACUUCUAGUUCCCAAGAAGAUGAAGAACCUCUUCCAGAAGAAUUUGUACUUGUCGAAAAUACGCUACCAGAUGGAACAAUUGAAGAAAUUAUUUUUUCUUCAGGUGCAGAAGUUGAUGUAUAUGAUCUCCAAGCCUUGUGCGAUAAGGUUGGGUGGCCCAGAAGACCACUAUCAAAGCUAGCUGCUGCACUGAGAAAUAGCUACAUGGUAGCAACGUUGCAUGCCGUAAAGAAACCAGCUGGUCCAGCUGGAGAAGAAUUAACAGAACCCAAUAAUGAAAAGAAGCUCAUUGGUAUGGCUCGUGCCACAUCAGAUCAUGCAUUCAAUGCGACAAUAUGGGACGUCCUUGUAGAUCCUAGCUACCAGGGACAAGGUCUUGGAAAAGCGCUAAUUGAGAAGCUUAUAAGAGCUCUACUUCAGAGGGACAUUGGCAACAUAUCACUAUUUGCAGACAGUAAAGUUGUGGAAUUUUAUAGGAAUCUAGGAUUUGAACCCGACCCAGAGGGCAUCAAGGGUAUGUUUUGGUACCCUAGGUUUUAGCACGCGGAUACAUGAAAUCCUGUAUAUGUAGAAUCUUAGCUCAAAAUGUAUUUUCCCAUGUAAAAUACAUUAAAGUGCUUAAUCUUAUUAUUUACUACCAACUUUUUUUUGUAAAAUUACAUAUUUUUCCUUAUUGAAAGAUAUAUUCCAAUCGAUUAUUGGCAA